CCAGGUCCGAUGGGCGAUAUUGGGCAUUCGGGGCGACCUGGACUUACAGGACCUAAAGGUGACAUGGGCAACAAAGGACAAAAAGGUGAAAAUGGCGGACGAGAAGGGCCCAAAGGUGAUAAAGGUGAUCGUGGACAAGAUGGACGUGAUGGUAUUCCCGGUCCUCCGGGACUACCAGCAGCAGCCGGUGAAGGUGUACAAUAUAUACCAAUGCCUGGCCCACCAGGACCGCCUGGCCCUCCAGGUCAACCAGGCAUGCCCGGUUUGUCGAUAACCGGGCCGAAAGGUGAGCCUGGCAUGGAUUCGCGCAGUUUCUACGGCGAUGCGUCUUACUAUGGACGUCAGGCAAGUGGACGCUCCUCUCUCGAUGAAAUCAAAGCUUUGCGUGAACUACAAGAUUUGAGAGAUCGUCCAGACAGCACUUCCGGUCCACCCGGCCCACCUGGUCCCCCAGGACCACCCAGCCAUUCACGUCAUGACGAUGAGGAAACGCCAUACUUUUCAGCAUCCUCCUGGAAUAUGAGAAUUGUACCUGGCGCGGUGACUUUUCCGAAUAUCGACGAAAUGACAAAGAAAUCAGCCAUGAAUCCACCAGGCACAUUGGCUUACAUCACGGAAGAGGAAGCGCUGCUGGUGCGCGUCAACAAGGGUUGGCAAUAUAUUGCGCUUGGUACAUUGGUACCCAUUGCCACACCCGCCCCACCGACUACUGUCGCACCGCCAGUACGCGUCGAUAUACAAUCAUCUAAUCUGCUCAAUAACCUGCCGCCACUACUAAAUACGCCAACGUUUACAACAGCGCCAGAGUAUGAAACGUGGUAUCCACGCAUGCUGCGCGUUGCUGCGCUCAAUGAGCCGUACGUUGGUGACCUGCAAGGCAUACGAGGUGCAGAUUUCGCCUGCUAUCGGCAGGGACGCAGAGCCGGCUUACUGGGCACAUUCAAAGCCUUCCUAUCAUCCAGAGUGCAAAAUCUUGACUCAAUUGUACGUGUCGCAGACCGCGAUCUACCGGUGGUCAAUACCAGAGGCGACGUACUCUUCAACUCGUGGAAGGGCAUCUUUAAUGGUCAAGGUGGCUUCUUCUCGCAAGCGCCGCGCAUUUACAGUUUUAGCGGCAAAAAUGUCCUAACAGAUCCAUUGUG